UUCUUCUUCUAUUCCAUUAUAAAAAAAUAUUAAUUUGAGUUUUGGGUUCUCUUCAUUAUGUGCAAUCCAUCUUGAUUUGGGUAUUUGGGAUUUCUUCGCUUGGUGCGCUCUCUCUCUCUCUCUCUCUCUCUCUCUCUCUCUCUCUCUCUCUCUCUCUCUCUCAUGAGCUUCCUAAGCGCAAUGGAGGCUAAAUUGCCUCCAGGCUUCAGGUUCCACCCAAGAGACGAAGAACUGGUAUGCGACUACUUAGCCAAGAAGGUGGCAGGCAACAACACUUGGAGUCUAUAUGAAUAUCCCAUGAUGGUCGAAGUCGACCUAAACAAGAUCGAGCCCUGGGACCUCCCUGAAAUGGCAUGUGUGGGAGGCAAGGAAUGGUAUUUUUUCAGCCUCCGUGACCGGAAAUACGCCACUGGCCUGCGCACAAAUCGUGCGACCUUAUCGGGGUACUGGAAGGCGACCGGGAAGGAUAGACGUGUGAUCGACGUCCGCAAAGGGACCCUUGUGGGGAUGAGGAAAACCCUCGUUUUCUACCAAGGGAGAGCUCCCAAAGGACGGAAAACCGAUUGGGUCAUGCAUGAAUUCCGACUUGAGGGUCCCUCUGAUCCGCCGAAGAUUUCUUCUAAGGAAGAUUGGGUUCUAUGUAGAGUGUUCUACAAGAAUAGAGGGAUGUCUGCCAAACUCUGCUGCGAAGAAAACUCCUAUGAUGACACAGGCUCCUCCCUCCCACCAUUGAUGGACCCCUGCCUUACAUUUGACCAAACCCCGCUAAAUUUAGAGGCGUUUGAGCAAGUGCCCUGCUUCUCCAAUUUGUCCCAAGACCAAACAUCUCAACACAAAAGUGAUCCAAACUUCCAGGAUCUUCCCCAAGUGGACACAACCAUCCCCACCAAGAGCUUGGUCCAAUCUGAGGUCUUCCCUGAUGUGGGCCCCUUCCUUGACCCCUUGUAUUGUGAUACAGAACUCGUUAUAAAAGCUGUUUUGGAUCACUUUGACAAGGUGGACAGCAAUAGGAAGAUGAUGGAGGUGGUGUCACCAAGCUUAGGUGAAGGAAGCUCGGAAAGCUACUUUUCGGAUAUGGGCUUUGAGUCCAUGUGGAACCACAGCAUGUUUUGAUGAGAUGACGUGGCAUGGGACGUGAACAAUGAGCCAUUUCAGCUCAAAAGACGUGCGUGAAUAUGUUAUGUUAGUUUUUGCUGCCAGUGUGAACUUUUUUCCAUAUGUUAGGGUUCGGUUUUUCUUCAUUAGAUGAUGUGCUUUUUGACCAAUGUAAAAAGCACUUUGUAAUGUGUGUCUCUUUGUUAUGUCAUUCAAUAAGAUGAGUUUGUUUGUCUU